AUGGCUGAAGGCCACAGUCCCGAGCUGGACAACCUGACGGCCGAGGAGGCCAGUCGCAUCAUCCACUCGCACCGCAAAGUGCGGUACGGUACUGCCUGCUGGCCCUGUCGCCAACGCAAAGUCAAGUGCGACAACAAACAGCCAUGCGAGAACUGUGUCAAGCGCGACCAUGCGCAGCUCUGCUCGUACAAGCCGAACCGGCCGUCGUCGGGCAAGAAUGCCGCCCCAUCGUCGUCCUCCACUGCCAUCCCAUCCACCGAACUAGGUUCCCCGGCUGUUCUGCUAGCCAGUGGCAAGAAACGUGCGCGUUCACCAAACAGCAGUGACGGCCGUCGCACCACCAGCUUGGAGCCUGCAGGCGAUGCCAUUCGAGUCGACUCGGACGCCAAUGAAAUGUCCCGGUAUCUCGGCCAGAACAGCAUCCCCGCCUUGCUGCGCGAGCAGGCAUCGCCCAGCCGGCAGGAGGAGGGCGUCGAAUACAUACGCCAAGACAUGCGGUCCAUCCUCGGCCUCGACAACUCGGCACCCUUCCCGCUGAUGUCGUCACGGCAUCUGGACCGGCUGACCUUGGACAUCUCCGCCGAGCUUCCGUCGGACCGCGAGGUGAUGAAGCUGUUUCAUGCCUACAAGGAAGUCCCCCACCCGUUCUGGGGUUUCGUCCUCGACAUCGACGAGCUCGAGACCAAGCUCAUGGUGUACCUCGAAGAGCGGGCCAAGAAUGCCAAACACUCGUCAAGGCCGACCAAGCCCGUCUCCGCAUCCUGGCUCGCGAUCCUCUUUGCUGUGCUGGCCGUCGGUUCGCAGUACCACGACUCGCCGUACCACAUCCGGACACGAGAUUCGCAGCGAUACAUCCAGAUCUCCUUCCACUUUCUGCGUGUUGGCAACUUUUUGCUUCGCCCCAACCUCGACUCCAUCCAGGCCAUGUUGAUGACGGGGUUCGUUCUCUUGAACGACAUGAAAGCCGAGGCGUCAUGGGCGCUGCUCGGACUUACAACCCGUCUAGCACAGUCUCUUGGUUUGGACCGGCACCAGCCAAUGGACGGCAGAGAAAGCCCUGAUCUGCGCAAGAAGGACCUGCUUCGCAGAACGCUAUGGUGGACCAUUGUCUGGCAUGAUUGCCUUACGUCCCUCUCGUUUGACCGGACCCCGAUGACUGCCCACUCCGUCUUGCCCAUCCCACUCAGCCCCACUGCAGCCGGCGGCUGGAAGUAUCUCGAGGGCAUGUACCACCUGUGUCAGUUCAUCGGCAACCGUCUAAGCCCCGAGCAGACGGCCAAUAUCACAUACGACAAGAUCGUUGAGAACUGCAAGAUCGUCGAGGAUAUUCGGGACAAGAUGAUGCCCCAGCUACGCAGCAAGGAAGCCUGCCGUUCGGCGAUUGACCGUCUGCACCACUAUGCCAUUCGCCUCCACACGUCCUUUGUUGUGUCCGUCUGCUGCCGCCCAGCACUGCGUCGCGGCGAGAGCGGCCAACUGGAUGCCGACCAAAAGAAGUCUCUGGCCGACAAAUGCAAGAUCAACCUGACCGAGACCGUCCGCAAGUUCUUGGCGAUGCACCAGCUCUCCGUGAUUCCGACGCGCUCAUGGGCGUUCACCUACCACGGCCUGUCGUCGGCGGUCUUGCUCGGCAUCCUCGGCGAGACCAAGACCGACCUCGAAGUGCGCGGUCUGCAGGGCGACCUGAUCGACGCGCUCUCGGCCACUGCAGCCAAGGAAAACACGUCUCCGCCCUCGCACAUUCACCGGACCGACCGCGAUAUCGAGCUGUCGGGCCCGCUGUCGCGAGCCCUCACCGCCCUCAAGAACAUAUACGACCACGGGCACAUUGCCGGCCAAGCUGCUGCCGCUGCGGUGGCUGCCGCCAACGGCGCGGCCGGGAAGACGGACAACAGCAAUGAAGCCAACGGCAGCAACGGUGUCGGCAUUCUCACGGCUGGGCAGAACCUGAUUGCUGCCGCUGUGGGCAGCAAGAACGGUAUCGCCAGCUCGGCGGGGUCGGGCACCGAUACGCCGCUGCAGCUCACCCAGGGACAAUCCGGCGCCCCAGCCGGCGCAUUGGUCGCGCCUACAGUGCCAAACUUUUCUCGCAGUCUCGAUCCACACCAAGACGCCGCACUCGCCAUGGCCGAGAUGCAGCAUGGAGGCAUCGAUAUGGGAAUGUUUGCCGGUAUGCAAGGCCAGCAUCCAGGUAUGCUGCCAGAUCUUGGCAUCGACACAUCUACGUACCUGUCCCCAAUGGACCUGUACGACCAGAUAUUCUGGGAAAACCCUGAGCCCUGGAAUAUGGGCUCCGAUUCGAUGAACUUUGACUUCAUGGCCCAGCCACCACCCGGACAGGCUCAACAGCAGUUCUACUUCUGA